AUGUCCGUCACUGUGCUGAUCCUUGCAUUCCUGCCCUUGCGUGCGUCCGACGACCGGCUUGUCCCCGGCAAGCCGCUCGUCCCCGGAGCCACCAUCGUCUCCGACGGCGGUGACUUUGCCUUGGGCUUCUUCGCCCCGUCCAGCUCAGGUCCGGCCAACCUGCACCUUGGCAUCUGGUACAACGGCGUCCCUGAGCUCACCGUGGUGUGGGUCGCCAACCGGGAAACACCGGUCACCAACAGCACAACACCCAAGCUCUCCCUCACCAACACAUCCGACCUUGUUCUCUCCGACGGUAAUGGCAGCGACCAUAUCGUCGUUUGGACGACCCGCGUGAAGGCUGCGUCGAGCUCCUCUUCCCCAACGGCCGUGCUUAUGAACACCGGCAACCUCGUCGUCCGGUCGCCGAACGGCACCACGCUGUGGCAGAGCUUCGACCACCCGACCGACACGCUCCUCCCCGGCAUGAAGAUGGCGUUGAAGCACGGCACGCGUGACGGUGAGCGCCUAGUGUCUUGGAAGGGCGCCGGCAACCCCUCGCCGGGGAACUUCUCCUACGGCACCGACAUGGACACGUUCCCGCAGGUAUUCCUCUGGGAAGGCACGCGCCCGGUGUACCGCGGCCCCCCGUGGACGGGGUACCGGGUGAAGAGCGACUACCAGUACCAGACGAGCAGCACCAGCUCCAUCAUCAUCUACCUGGCCGUCGUCAACGACGGUAACCAGAGCUACACGACCUUCACCGUCUCGGACGGCGCAUGGCUCACCAGAUGCGUGGUGACCUACACCGGCGAGCUCCAAAUCCAGAGCUGGAACGCCAGCUCGUCAGCGUGGGCCGUCCUCGGGAAGUGGCCGCCGUACCCGUGCGUCAGCUACGGCUACUGCGGCCCGAACGGGUACUGCGAUGAGACGGCCAGGCCUUUGCCGACGUGCAAGUGCCUCGAUGGCUUCGUGCCGGCCAGCACGAGGGACUGGACCGGCGGCAGGUUCUCAGAGGGGUGCCGGCGAAAGGAGCCUCUGCGCGGGUGCACUGCCGGUGCCGGUGCCGGUUUCGUGUCCCUGCCGGGGAUGAAGCCGGCGGACGGGUUCGUGCUCGUGGCCAACAGAACGCUGGAGGGGUGCGCGGCGGAGUGCGACCGCAACUGCUCCUGCGUGGCGUACGCGUACGCCAACCUGAGCAGUGCCACGUCCAGGGGAGACAUGACGAGGUGCUUGGUGUGGGCCGGGGAGUUGGUUGACACCGGGAAGUUGGGCGCAAGCAGCCCCGCCAGCGACACGCUCUAUCUCCGGCUCGCCCGAUUGGAUGUUGCAGCUGGUAAAAAAACGAAGCAUAAUGCAGUGAGGAUUGCGUUGACAGCCAUAGGAAGUAGUGUGGUGAUAAUCAUGUGCAUUUUUCUUGCAUGGUUGAAAUUCAGUGGCAAGAACAGGAACCAGGGAAAACACAAGAAGGCACCAUUCGAUAGUUCCAGUGACCUUGAGUUUCCCUUUGUAAGAUUUGAGGAAAUUGCUCAGGCUACACAAAAUUUCUCCGAAACAUGUAUGAUUGGACAAGGAGGCUUUGGCAAAGUUUAUAAGGGAACACUAGGUGGUCAACAAGUUGCUGUCAAAAGGCUAAGUAGGGAUUCUCAACAAGGGACAAUUGAGUUCACAAAUGAAGUAAUACUUAUUGCCAAAUUACAACACCGUAAUUUGGUUCGACUACUGGGAUGUUGUGGCGAGGGAGAUGAGAAGUUAUUGAUUUAUGAGUACUUGCCUAAUAAAAGCUUGGAUGCCACACUUUUCGGUAUAUCUAGAAACACACUACAAUAUCAUCACACAACUCAAUAG